AUGAAUUUGCAUGGCUGCUAUAAAAGAACUGAUCCGUUCGCGCUCGCAUACACAUAUGAUUGCAGCAACUGUGGCUUUUUCGCUGUGUUGCUCUCCUAUGCUGCGUACGCAUUUCCCGGUGUGAACUUCAUAUUGUACCUACUCAUUUAUAUUCAUGUUCUCAAAAUGCGAUUUCAAUUACAAAAAAGCCGUCAGUGGUUUGUCGAGGCGGGUUCAAGCAGGAAUGCAGAAAUCAAGUUGGUGUCCCAGUUCUUGGCGAUCUGUGUGAUACAAUUCUGCGCCAGCAACUUCUUCUAUAUUCUACCUGCCACGAUUAGCGGCUCACGGGCACCGUUCUAUAUCGCUAUGACUGUCACAAUACUCAACACCGUAGUCAAUCCCGCUGUAGUCCUCAUAUUUCAAUCGAAAAUACGCUAUGCAUGUCGACUGAUGCUGAGCAGCGCUUCGUAA